AGGAGACCACUAAAGAAGACCUCACAGAGAGCAUGUCCAAAAUGGAGAACAAGAGCAGACGUCUGACUGUUAUUUUGCCCAAUAACUACGAAGUGAACUUGACUGUUGGGCUGAGAGACAGAGCACAAGAUGUCUUGAACCAGCUGUCUGAUCUACUUGGCAUCAAAGAGCUUGACUUCUUUGGUCUGAGUGUGAUAAAGGACAAUCAAACUCUGUUUCUGGAUCUGAAACAAAAACUGUCUAUGUACCUCCCAAAGUCCUGGAGAAAGAAUUCAUUCAAGGAAAUAGUGGUUCUCUAUUUAAAAGUGCAGUACUUCGUAGAAAAUGCCCAACUAAUUGUAAAUGACAAAACCCAAGAGCUGUACUAUGCUGAGGUGAAAGGAAGAGUUUUGAGUUCUAGAUGCUAUGAGCAGGAAGGAUUAUAUUUUCAGUUGGCUGCAUAUGCCCUGCAGGCAGAUCUAGGAGACUCUGUAGAAGGACAGGUUGCAUACUUCAAACCUCAGGACUUUUUCCCUUUUUGGAUUAUACAGAAACGUGGAAAUGAUUACAUCCUGGAGCACAGCCCAGCCCUCCACCGUGAGAUUACAGGAAUGACCUCCAGCGAGGCUACCCUGCUUUUCAUACAGGAAGCAUGUACCCUGAGCGAUGUGCCCAUCACCAGCUACAGAAUGCUCAAAGCGAAAAGGGAACAAGGAGGUGGUGUCCUCCUGGGUCUGGCUUCAAAAGGACUGCAGAUAUUUGAUAUGCUGAAUGGAGAACAACAGUUUCUAUAUGAUUUGGCAUGGUCAAACAUUUAUUCCAUCACCUUCCAGGGCAGGAACUUUGAGAUACGGGCAGAUGGCUUGCAUGGGAAAAAGCUGGUGCUUUAUACUUACUCGGUCAUGCAAGCUAAACACCUGCUCCAGCACAUAAGCAACAGUCACCGACUCCAUCUCAACACAAAGCCUUUGGCCAUGCGGAUCAAGGGAAAAAUCGGGAGAAGGACACACAGAGAGGUGUACAUCACAGACGGUUCUGAUAUGGUCAUGGAAGAGAGUGAUGAUGAACUUCCACUAAUGAAAUAUCACUUAGCCAAUGUACGAAAGCAAACCAUUGGGGCUUUCUCAUUUCAAAAUUUUGAGGAACAAGAAUGUAGACAUGUUUUUAAAGGUACUGAUGUCACAAAUGCAACUUAUGAUUUAGAAAUGAGUGUUGAUGAGCCAGAUGAAAUAUUUGUGGAUGAUCCUGAGGACGUCCUGCGUUUACUUAUGCUGGAGGGUGUGUCCGUGGAUGGCCCUUUAUUUACGCCAAUGUCUCACUGGAAAGGUGUUAUUGAGAAGCAUCAGCUUUUUUGUAGACCCCAUCAUGAGAAUGUGAAGGAACAUGAUGGAUUGCGAAUCUGAGAUCUUCGAUCUUACAACGUACAGUAAACACACGUGUGAGGAAAUAACAGAUGCAGAUAGCUUUAGAAGAAAACCUCCACUUCUAAAAGAAAUGCUUACUCAUGCUGUCUGCAACCAAUGGUUUACCACAACAAUGCUUCUUUUCUAAUCUUUUUAUUUUAUUUAUUUACUUACACAUUAGCUUUCAAAUCAUGUCCAGAAAUAUGUAAACUACAAGUAAAUAAUUUGUAAAGCAUGCUGUUAUUAACACAGACUUCAGUACAAGACUGCCAAACUGUUAUUUAAACACAAAUUAGUGGACUUUUUCUAGGUUGUACUGGGAGAAAGAAAGAGCAGACAGGCUAUGAAUCACCAGUUGUUUGAACUGUGCAAUAAAAAGUAUGAAAAUUG